UGGCUGUGUUCACCCAACAGUCUUAUCAGGCCAGAACAAGAUUUAGCAACUGCACAGCCCACUAAAUUCAGUUUAAUCUUGGCUAGAUGUUUGCUAUGUGGUGUCAAUCCACCUCUUCAUUGCUCAGUGUAUUGUGUGAAGGCAGGAAGCUGUUCAAUGAUCAGCUUACAUCAAUUUUGCUCUGCAGCCACUCAGGUUUUUGCAAUUCUUUGCUCACUGUAGGUGCUCACGAAUGCUAAAGCUACCCGGCUGUUGCCAUAUAUACCAAAGGUGCAAGAAAGAGGAAAAAUAUAGCCCUAAGUGCUGUGCAUUGAAAAUGUUGUGAGCAAAAGAGCCCCUCCCCCACCGGUCUUCUUGGUGUCGUAGCCCCAAUACAUCAAGAGGACACCUGGUUGGGUAAAGAUGGGGGUCCAGAAGGACACAGGACUAUUCUGGCGCCCUUUCUCCAAAAGCCAGUCGUCCCCGCAGGUCACCGACUCCGCGCCGAGGAGGUAGCCGAGCCGCCUCUUUUCAACAGACAAGCAGAGGUAGACUGCCCUUGUGCAAGGAAGCUCCCCCGAAGGAGAAAGCCGAGAAGAGCCAGUCGCCGCGGAGUGGUUCCCAUCCCGACUUCUUGCGGAGCGAGUCGGCAAAACAGGGGUCCUUGGGAAGCAGCAAGACCUCCGGCGCCUUCUUCGCCAAGGGGGGUGCUUUGCAUUCUCGAGAAGCGGAGAGCUCAGAGAGGCCAAAGGUCUGAGACCGGCCCCCUCCCUCCGUAAAGACGACCCACCUCUCUCCGUUUCCACUGGUUCUUCCCUUCCCACGUGAAGAGAGAGAGAGAGAGAGAGAGAGAGAGAGAGAGAGAGACUCGAGCGGCGCGGGGGGGGGAGCGCUGGGAAAGAAAAGCCACCCCCAUCCAGACCCGCAUCUUCGCUCCCGUCUUAUUGCUCGCCCUCCCAGCCUGGCCGUGCCGCAUUCGCUCUUCGCUCCGCAUCAACCUGCUCGGGAGUUGCCGCCUCGCCAACGUCCCUCCACCAUGAUCACCCCAGCACCGCAUCAGGAGACCAGCCAACCUGUCGACCCCUUCAGUUAUGACUAUGAUACGUUGCGCUUGGUGGGGAUGAUCCUGGCCUCCAUCAUGUUUGUGCUGGGAAUCUUGAUAGCACUGAACUGUCAGAUCCCAUGGCGACAGGCAAAAGUCCCACUCCAGCUGGCAGCGUGUAGGCACCGUCCUGAAGAUGUCCUGCUCCCGAGUGGCCGGCAAUGAACUGCGCCCGGGACCUUUCUCCAGAGACCUUGGCACUGACUGCCUGGGUGGGGGAGGGGCUCUCCUGUCUAACCUCAAGGAGGGAGGGGCACUUUUAUAACCAGAUAGCUCUUGCGCUUCCAUUGCAUGAUGGGAGCAGGCCACCCGGGUGGGGUUAGGACACAGAACAGGCCACGGGGUGUGAUGCAGCCCAUCUGCCAGUCAGUGUCAGCUGACUCCCGACUCUACUGGGGGCUGGUUCUUAUAAUUCCCCCCCCCUCUUACACAGGGUCCUCUUAAAAUGCAAUAAUGCUGCCUGCUGCUGCUCUCUGGGAAAACAAAUCACCAAGAUGCUUCCUCGCUACUGGGCAUAAUAUAACUCUCCAUUGCUGUUGCUACUGCUGCUGCUGCUGCUUUGCUAUCUGAGCCUCUUGCUGUGCUGUGAAUGCCAUUAGCCACAAAGUGAAGUGGCGUAGUCCAAAGAGGGUCCCCCCCCACCUUGUGGGAAACUAGCCUUUUCUUGGAGUGGGGCCACUGUAAUGGAUUCCAUCCAUUCUAAUGAAUCGGACUCCUAGAAUUAGGAUAUAAUAUUACUGCUGACCACUAGAGGGUGGCCAAGUGAAGCGUUCUAUAGCUUGUUCCUGCCAUCUAGUGGUACAGUGUGGGUUUGCAGGUCUGAUCUAGUACUGUAGUCGGGAUGAUGAGUAAGCAAGCGAGGGAAGAAUUGUUAGAAAGGGAAGGGUUGCUUUCUUGUCAUUUGGUCCUAUUCCUGACCCCAGCUUCUCCAUGCGGUACCAUCCACAUCUCCAUGUCACAUUCACACAUGGAGGAAAUUUGACCAAUGAAUAAAAAUCAUGGUGGUUUUUUUAAAAACAAA